AUGGGAAGAUCACCUCCAGAUCUUUCAUUCGAAGACUACCAACCUCAAUAUAGCCGUGGAGGAACUGAAGAUCCGUCUUCUCGAAUACCUCCAUCACAUGAUAAUUUUAUAAAAUUGUCAAUGAAUGCCACGGAAUGGAAUUUCCCAGUGGCUUGGGCAACCGACUGGCUCAGUCAACAAAUUUUGGAAAAUCAAACAACGAAAAAUCUAUGUCAAUAA